UCCAGUUUCUUCCCAGCUGGAUAAAAUAACAUAACUCAUCUUUGAAUAAAAUAUGAAAUAAGAUUGUAUGCAACAUUAAUCAAUGUAAUCUAGCUAUAUUAACCAAACUAUCUGGCAGGAUACUGGUAGAUAGCAAUAAAAUAUGAUCAGUUCUUAGCUAGUUCUAACGUUACAGCUAGCUAACGGUUAGUUAGCCAUUGGCAUUGCUUGCUGACGUUUCUCCAAUCCAAUGGCGCAACAAGCAAGCUAUAGCUAGUAAUAGCCGCAGUUCAACCAAAGUUGAGAAGGUGGCUAGGAUUUCGGUCAGCUACAUUCUUCUUUGCGGUCAAGUUAUCUUGCUACUAACAGUGUUGCUUUUGCAAUGUUUGGAAGGAAUACAGUUGUCUUCUGCAGCCAUCGACUUGAGGAGUUCAUACCCUGUCAAGAUCCAGUGGACCAUGCACAGAACUCCACUGCCAUUCUGGAGAUGGGACAUGGUUGUUGGAAGUUUGGAGUGCAGGUACACAAAGAUGUGAAUCACACACCAGUCAUCUACGACAUUGAGUGUGCUGGACCCAGGGAGUUCCUGAGAGGGAAUGAGCCAUGCAUCAAAUACGCUGGCCACUAUUUCAUCACCACUCUGCUGUAUUCCUUCUUCCUGGGGUGCUUUGGAGUGGACCGGUUCUGCCUGGGGCACACAGGCACAGCUGUGGGCAUGCUGCUGACCCUAGGAGGCCUGGGCAUCUGGUGGCUCGUGGAUCUCCUCACCGGAGGCCUGAUGCCUAGUGACAACAGCAACUGGUGCACCUUCUACUGAGACCAGCAUGGGUUGAAGACCUUUUAAGGUGGGUUUACAUUGCAGAGAUGCGGGCAGAAUAUUUACCUUUUGCUUAUUUAUAUUUACAUUUACAUUUAAGUCAUUUAGCAGACGCUCUUAUCCAGAGCGACUUACAAAUUGGUGCAUUCACCUUAUGACAUCCAGUGGAACAGUAGUGCAUCUAAAUCUUUUAA